UUAUGACGUUUAUAUAUUCUUCUUUUCGCCGAUAAACAGUCGUCGAAAAUUAUCUCGGUGUGAAGGAAGAAAGGAAAAAUAAAGGAAAUCAUAAGUGAAGGCAGUGUUUGAGCGGACUGUAUUGAAGCUUCCCUGGGAGUGAGGCUGAAGUGCAUUUUGGUCAUGAGGUGGUUUAAGCAAGAUGAGCUAAACAGCUGCACAAGCACUCUGAAGGAUGCAGAGAAUCUUCACACACAGUUACAGGGCUUCCUCAAUGGAGUACAAAAGGAAACUUCCCAUGGACAGAAAAAGGUCGACCAGAGUGUGGUGUGUGACCGUAUAAUCCGAGCCUGCAUUCACAGUAUUGGGGCUGGCACUAAAAGCUCCGAUCACUUAGAGUGCUUGGUUAAGCUAGCUGACUUUGCGUUGCAAGGGUACUUGAAUUCAAAUGUACAACAAUCCCCCUUCUACAUAGAAAAGAUCCUUUUCCAUCUUUUGAAAAGCCUCUCUCUCCGGAAUGCACAAGAAGCAUGCAGAAAGUUUGGAGAUUACCUGCAUGAGCAACUAGCAUCCUAUGUGGAUGUUUCAGAAGAAUAUAAAAUUUUGGUCAAGAGCUGCUUUGCCCUGCUAUGGAAAUAUGCAGAUUCCCUUGCAGGAAAUGGGUGUGAUUUUCACAUUUGCUUGUCACUAAGGUUACAAGCAGUGAGAUUUUUAGUUCUUCUUGAAAGUAUUCCAGAAUCUGGAGAAAUUGAUACAAUAACCUUUCCUUCUUUGGUGGCACGCCAUGUGGAGAUAGCCUCUUCCAGAUAUGAAGGACAGCAGUGUGUUUUAAGUCAACAGGAUAUCAGUUAUUUGAUCAAGCAGGUUGACUGUUACAUUUUCCAGCCUCUAUUGCAGAGUAAAAAGACAUCCGACGUGGAAAAGUGCUUUGUUCUAUAUGAGGUGGCCCUGCAGAACCUGCGUAGACUUUGUAAAGGUAGCCACUGGAGAGAGGCCUCUACACACCUGCAGCACGUGGCGGACUCCUGUAAGACUAGCCUUAGCCAUGACUUGGAAUGCUUGACUGCCUUGUUAGAGCUAAUGCGCUGUGGGAAGACAACAGUUGAGGAUUUAUCCAUGGGCUUAAAGUGUGGGACUCAUCUGACCAAAGCUCUGCACAUUCUGGUUUCAUUUUCCCCAAAGGGGAUCACAGAGAGACAGGCUGUCAUCGAAGGGUGCAGUUUUGUUGCUUGGGCUCUUGAGUUCUCAGUAAAGAAGAAUGAGAACAAGGGUGCAGAAGUCAGCCUUUGCAGCCAGGACCUUCUUGGACUUUUUGGGUUCAGUAAGAUGUAUUUGCAGAUCCUGCAGCAGCAGAAAGAUGCAAUGUCUGCCUUACAGGUGGAACAGAACAAAACGUUGGAGAAAGCCUGUUAUCAGCACCUGCGCUUUUGUCUGGGAUCAGUCUACAGUGCCUUGGGCUCUUCUCGGCUAAAGGUGCCAGAGGACAUCACUACAGCUGUCAAUUUCUGUAAGCUUGCAGCUGGCAUCAUGAUGAACAGCCUACAGGGGUUCUCUGACCAGCUUGAAUACGCAGAAGAAACAGCUUACUUUGUGAAUAACCUGACACGGGUACUUUAUAACCAGAAACUGUACCAGCAAGCUCUUGAGCUCAUUGAAACAUUUUGCCAAAAACUUCAGGGGAUGUGCAGUCCAGUCCUGUCUCCAGAAAGGCUUCACAGUACAUAUGUCUUAGCAGCACAGUGCUGCAGGAAAACCUCUGACUAUGAGAAGGCCCUUGACUAUAUAGUGGCUCUCUUAUUGGCCCUUGAAGACAAAGUGACAGACCACAUGUCGGAGCCAGUGUCUCUGUGGGUCAGGACAAAGGCCGAUGCUGUCAAAAAUGGAUCUGAAGAUUUGAGGCUGAGGACAUUAAAAGAUGGCCUGGAAGGGAGGGUUUCCAACCAAACUGUUCUGCUUGCCCUUUUGGAAGAGGAGCUGCGGGCCUAUAAAUCUUUUCAUGGGGAUACUGCACAAGAACGACAUAACACACUCUGUGAUCUGCUCGACAUUUGCCAUGAAGAAAGUGACCGGCAGCACGAGCGUGCUGUCUACCUGUGCGAACUGGGUCAGGUUCUGUGCUAUAAUGACAUGUCUGAGCAGACAGAUUGCUCUCCACUGGACUGUGUAGAAGAAUCUUUAAGACUUCUCAGCCUGGUCUCCGAGACAUCAGAGAAUGCAGAUCGCCUACUUGAUGACAAGGCCCAGUCAUCCCUUUGGCACUAUAUAUGUACUGUAGAGAAGCAUUUACUUGAGGCUGUGGAGCUGGAUAAGCACCUUCGUAGUGUAAGAACAGAGAUGGAUCUAAUAAUGGAGCCGUUUCAGCCUAAUGACGUUCUGUAUGAGGACAAGCAACAAGACAAAGAGUUUGUAUUUGAGGGUAUCAAGCUCAACCUUGUGGGGGAAGCAGAGCAAUGCAAAUUGUUGGACGAGUCUCUAAAGUUGUGGAAAGAUCUCCAUUCAAAAUGCAAGGCUCCUGCAGUUCGCAGUUUGAAGCAGACACUCUUUUCAAUUCGGAUCAUGGCAGCGUUGUAUCGACUGAUAGGCAAGCCUCUGCAGUCCCUUGAAAGUUAUUUGUUGGCCUGCAGUUUUUCUAAGUACCUUUGCGAUGCUUUGAUAUCUGCCAACCCGUUCUGCCACAGUGCCAAGCUGCUGCUGGAAAUGGAUGCUGCAUCCUUGGCUAAGGAGCAGCUGGUGGAGGCUGAGUCAUUCCUCAAGCUAGUUGACUCGAAAUGUGAAGGGUUUGCUGUGCUGAAUCUGACAUGUCAGGCUCUGCGGAGUCAAAUCUGCUGUGCUGCUGGGCAGGUGGAGGAAGGGGUGGCUUAUUUACAUCAAGCACUGCAAGGCCUAAGCAUGCAAAAACCAACCAAGAGCUGGUGUUUUGUGAAAGCAGACAUUUUGCAAGUGUUGGUGGCUUAUCUGAGCCUACCUAGUGAAAUUCUUUCCACCCAGCUAAGGGAGAAGCUAACUGUGCAUGGGUGGCUCUCCCCCGAAGUUGCCCUCUGGGAAAGUAGGAAACUACAGUGUGACAUAGUCGUCUCUCUCCUGGGUAAUGGGGUAUUUGGAAACUACAAACUUAUCACAGAAGCACGUUUUGUGGAUCAAGGUGAAAAUCAGUUUCAUAAAUGGCUGGUACUAGCUGAUGUCCUGGCGAGCUCCCAGAGUCUGAUCUCUCUCACUAGCCGAGCUGGCUCAGCUUGUGAAGCAAAGGCCAUGUGUUUGGAAUCCUUGAAGCUCACCACUAAACUCCAGCUUGUGCGGCAGUGCUCAGAGUUCAUCAUCUCUAAGGCAGAGUUAGAGCUUCAGAAAGGUGAGACUGAACUGUGUCUUUUGGAUCUGAACAGAGUCCGUGACCUCCUGGAGUUGUGCACAGAUCAUGAGCCCAGAACUCGGAAGAAGGGUGAAAUGAAGAUCAAGCCUAAGAAAACGGGCACAUUAAAGAAACAAGCUGGCACUCCCACCUCCUCAGUUGUCCCAGGACGACAGAUAGAUGAUGAAUUCCUCCACAAGCGUCCACUUUGUUGGGUAGAAACGAUUGAUGUGGAGCCUCAGGGGCCUUCCAGUCCAGCUUUUAAACCCAAACCACAUAAAUGGCUGUCCUUCCUUAGUCAUCCAUCACAGUGUGACUGUCCAAGCUGCUCUGAUCCUACACUGGUGCGCAUCUCUGCUCGCUGGGCAACGGCAUAUGCUGAAAUGGAAGCCAAAGCUGGAAACACAAGGGAGAGCCGUAAGCUUUUCCUGGCAGGCUUGUCACGCUGCCGAAGUCUUGGGCAGAAAGUCAGUGUUGCAAUAUCUGCCAUUUUUGGUAAGAAUCAAAAGUGUGCUGAAGUAUUGGGCUUUUUAAGUGAUAUUGCUGCAAGGAUUUACUUGGGCCUUGCUUUGUCUACUCUUGGUGGUCCACCAGAGAAAAAGACCUGGGAUUUGUUGGAGGCAGGUCUGUCAUUUCUUUCCUCAAAGACCUCCCAUUUACGUGAUCUGGAGCACAUCAGAGCAGGUCUUCUUGUCACUAAAGCGGUGUCUGCCAUUUCUGCUUUGGCUGCCAAACAGAAUUGUAGCUUUGAGGAUGUCUUCAUCAAAGUGUGGGCAUGGAAGCCCUACAGCAAGCCCUUUCCCACACAGUUGCCAAGUAAAACUGUGAAAGCACAGAAGACUGAUCCGUCAAAGAACAAAAAGGUGGUUGCUCCAUCUACUGCUAAAAAACAGACUUGUGCAACAGAUGAUGUGUGUUCCUUUGAUGCCACUAAGCCGCAAACAUCUACUUCCCCUCAGCCUAGCACCCCUAGCCGGGGGUCUAAGCAAGCUACAGCUAGCACUGCAAAGUCCAACCAGAAGACAAAGAUGCAGUUCCAGGUUUUUGAUGAGUCCUCCCCAGUCCGGACAGCACCAGCCGCUCCCAAGCAGUCUACCAAAACCAAGUCUCGCUUUAAGAUUGUUUUUAGUGACAGCAGUGAUGCUGAAGAAGUAGAGGAAAAAGCAAAUCCACCCCAAAAGAGACAACUACGGAGGCGUGUAGUAAAGGAUGCAGCAAAGCUGGACACUGCUGGACGUAAUGUUAAAAAAUCAUCCCUGCAUGGACAAGAUGGAGUGACCCCUGAAGGAGACACUGAGAUUCUCAGGAGAGACUUGGGCUGCGAUAUAGACUCCCUGAGCCUAGGUGAACCGAAGGGCCUCAACCUCCAUUCGCUGCAUCUUGCUCUGCCAUCAUCUAGUGUGGAUAAUCUAGACGUGGAGUCGACAAUGUCUCUCCUUAGGCAAGCAUUUGUAGCUAUACACCACUGCCCACCUAGUGCCCUUUAUGCUCAUUUGUGCAGCCUGCUCGCACUUUCCUAUGGUGAUGGAGACCCGUACACCACAGCAUUUCUUCACGCAGAGUCGUUAUGUGUCACCCUUCGACACCAGAUGAUGAACAACUUGUACAGCAAGCUAAGGAAAUUAAACAAGUCAUCUUCUUCCUCGGCUGCUGAUCUAUCUGACCAAAUGCGUGACCUGCAAAUCUCGGAGACUGACUACAGCCUGCAGUACCUGACCAAGCUAGAAAAAAUGUUUGUCUUCCCCUGUGCCGACCCAGAAAGCUUCCCAGAAGCACACACUGGGCUCUUUAGGGAGCAGCUGAAGCUCAUCCCUGAAGGGCUCACUGUGUGCAUGUUGUCAGUGGUUGGUGUACAUCCUAGAGUUACUCAGGACACCUUGCUGCUGACCAGACUGCAGAGAGGCUGUGCACCACUUAGUGUGCGCAUCCCAACAGCCCAAGCACAGAUAUCUGUAAGUUCAGUACUACAAGAGUUUGAUGCCAUCCAGAAACAUCAGAAGGAGAUCAGCAAUGUCACAGACAAGGCAGAAUGGUGGGAAGGCCGCUGGGAACAGGAGGAAAGAAUGAAGGCACUUCUAAAAAACAUGGAGUGCAUUCUGGGAUGUUGGAAAAUCUUGCUCCAGCCAGGAUGUAAGGAGGCCAAAGUUUCAAAGCAGGCUGUCAGUCUGCAGAAACAGUUGAACAGUUUGGGACUGAACAUUUCCCUUGAACUGCUUGAGGCCAUCCUGCCAAGAUGGCAGCUGCUCAGUCCAAAAGAGAAACAGUCCCUUGCUGCUGGGCUUUGUCCAAAGCAACCUGCUGAAGCCCAUGCCCUCCUACAGGCAGCUGCGGAUGAGCUAACCAACAAGAGAGUGCAGUCCAAGUGUCACCUUGUGCUCAUUCUGGAUAAGCACCUUCAGAAGCUGUCAUGGGAGAACAUUCCCAGUCUUCGUAGCUGUUCAGUAUCUCGUUUACCUUCAUGGCAUUUUCUCAUGAGCUAUGUGGCUAUGAAGAAGCACUGCUCCCAGUCAGUUCUGGUCAAAGGUGUUGAUUCUACAAGUGGAUUCUAUGUUCUCAAUCCCCAAGCUAAUCUUCCAGGCACAGAGGAGCGGUUCAGAGACAUGUUUACCAGUAAUCCUCACUGGAAUGGGGUCAUUGGCUGCUGUCCGACUACCGAACAAGUCCAAGAAGCUUUGGUCAGCCGGGAUCUCUAUAUCUAUGCUGGACAUGGAGCUGGCGCCCGGUUUUUGGAUGGCCAGUCCAUCCUCAAGUUGCACUGCCAUGCUGUGUCAUUACUUUUUGGCUGCAGUAGUGCUGCUUUGGCAGUAAGAGGAGAACUAGAAGGGACUGGGAUUGUUCUUAAGUACCUGAUGGCUGGAUGUCCCCUCGUCCUUGGAAACCUCUGGGAUGUGACAGACAGAGACAUUGACCGUUUCAUGAAAAGCAUGCUUGAGAAGUGGCUGAACGCAGGCCCUGGAGCAUCCAUCAUGGACUAUGUCUUACAAUCCAGGGAGGCACCCAAGCUCAAGUGCCUCAUUGGUGCGUCUCCCAUCGUGUAUGGGCUGCCUGUAGCCUUGAAGUGAGGUGCCUCUCCUGUUGGCUGACCAGGUGGAACUAUGAAAAGGUGACACCCUAGGUUUGGCAUGUGUAAUACAAUCCCAUUGUGCAAAUAGCACAUCAGGUCACUGCCUAAGAAACCCAUGUUGCUAUAACUCUGUGCUCUGUGUGUGUGCGCGUU